CCUCUUCCCAUUCCCAUCCAGCAAUCAAUCCCCCACAUCCUCCGUUCCUCUUGGCACCAUUCCUCCCCUCGUUCCGGAACCUUCUCGAUGCUUCUUCUUACCCGGAGGUUCUCCUCCGUCCUCGCCCGCUCUCCCUUCCUCGCGAGGUGCCCCCUUCCACCGCGGGCCGUCCCCACCACCGCUCCGGCCUCCCGCCCCCCGCCGCGCCGCCUCAUGUCCUCCUCCUCGUCCGGGUGGCACCACUCUUCCCCGCCCCCACCGCCGCCGCCCCCGCCUCCCUCGUCCUCCUCCGACAAGGAUCAGCUGUUCCGGGGGCUGGAGGCGGCGCUGGGCACGACGUUCAGCUCGGACCCGCUGGCGCCGCCACCGGAGCCGAUGAUUAUCAUCAUCAGUGGUCCGAGCGGCGUGGGAAAGGAUGCCGUCAUCAAGAGGCUGCAAGAGGAGCGGGAAGAGAUCCAUUUUGUGGUUACUGCGACGAGCAGGGCAAUGCGGCCAGGUGAAGUUGACGGGAAGGACUAUCACUUCGUCACCAAGGAGGAAUUCCUCACAAUGAUUGAAAGGGAGGAGUUGCUUGAGUACGCUCUUGUUUAUGGGGAGUACAAGGGGAUCCCCAAACAGCAGAUCCGUGAUUACAUGGCCAAAGGACAUGACAUUGUCUUGAGAGUGGACAUUCAAGGAGCAGCAACUUUGAGAGAGAUACUUGGUGAAUCUGCAAUUUUCAUAUUUCUGGUUGCAGAGAGCGAAGACGCACUUGUCAAAAGGCUCAUUCACCGAAAAACAGAAGCACCAGAUAUGCUACUUGUCAGAAUUGCAACAGCCAGAGAGGAGGUGAGACGGAUGAAACAUUUUGACUAUGUAGUUGUCAACGCUGAAGGGAAGCUUGAGGGCGCCGUUAAACAGGUGGAGUCAAUCAUUGAUGCGGAGAAGGCAAAAAUCCACAAGCGUAGGCUCCGUAUCUAGUCAAGGCUCAUAUGGUCCAUAUUUAUACUUUAAUCAAUUCAAGUUUGAUCUAGAAGAAAUUAGGAGUGAGAAAUUUGAUUGACUUUGGUUUGCAAUAGUAGUCAGAAAAUUCAGUACAAUGCUAAGUCAUGAGGGUUUACAUACUGAUAUACUAUGAUGGGAGUUAACGAGAUGAGAUAUAAGCAUGGGUUUAUAAUUUGGCAUUUAUGUGCAACCGAGGUCAUAUCGUGACUCACAAUACAAUGUCAAUGUACUUGUCUGUUUGACCUUGUACCAGAACUUACAUUGAGUGACCACUCUUGUGCAAACAUUUCUUGCCAGAAA